AUGAUGCUUACAUUCUCAAUUUUCCCCUCACCGAAAGUAUCUGAUACUGCGGUUGAGCCAUACAAUGCCUCUCUUUCUGCCCACCAGUUGGUUGAGAACGUUGAUGAGUGUAUGGUUCUUGACAACGAGGCCCUCUACGACAUUUGCUUCAGGACUCUUAAGCUGACCACCCCUAGCUUUGGUGAUUUGAAACAUUUGAUCUCUGCAACCAUGAGUGGAGUCACCUGCUGCCUAAGGUUCCCUGGUCAGCUGAACUCCGACCUCAGGAAGCUGGCAGUGAACCUAAUCCCCUUCCCCCGCCUCCACUUCUUCAUGGUUGGCUUCGCGCCGCUGAUGUCCCAUGGCUCCCAGCAGUAUCGAGCACUCACAGUCCCCGAGCUCACACAACAGAUGUGGGACGCCAAGAACAUGAUGUGCGCCGCUGACCCUCGCCACGGGCGUUACCUCAUCGCCUCAGCCAUAUUCCGCGGGAAGAUGAGCACCAAGGAGGUCGACGAGCAGAUGAUCAACGUGCAGAACAAGAACUCGUCCUACUUCGUGGAGUGGAUCCCCAACAACGUGAAGUCCAGCGUGUGUGACAUCCCGCCGAGGGGCCUGUCCAUGGCGUCCACCUUCGUGCUACGUAGUUCCCAUGGUGCUGUGCAGUGAUUUUUUACCUUUUCUUUAUGUUGGCCAUGAUUCUCUUGUUUAGCUACAAAGUAGGGUCGUGUAUCUACAGCCAGACCUGUGGGCUGUUUAUUUUAGUUCAACAUGUGGAUGAUUCCCUCACUGAUGGGGGCUGUUGUUGUUUGUAAUAUGUGCUAUUGAAUAGCCUUUUAUUUUAUGAACUGGCCAAUGGCCUUUGUGGUUCAA